UUCUCCGGUACCAGCAGGAGCCGGAAGCGCUUGGCCGGAAAAGCAGCUGACGACGGCUCCGGCAGGGAGGUGCGGCGAGCAGCGGCCUCUCUAGGCUGCGGCGGGCGUGUCUAUGGUCUCUGCCCUGCCGAGCUGUAGCCAUAGCAACCAGCGCUGAGGCGGCCGCUCCUCACCCUCCGGCAGCGCCGCCUGCCCUGCUCUGCUCUGCCUUGCCACGUCCUGUCCUCUCUUGACGGCGCUUGUGUUUUACUACCGCCCAGCAGAUGCCCUCGGGGAAACUGAGAGGGCACUCAGAGGCGGGGAAGUAGUGGCGAGGGGCUUCUCAUUCUCCUCCGCUGACGGAGGCUCCUCUGAGGGGAGCCUAGGGGGUGCAGCUGUCACUGCAGUGGCUACGUUUGCCACUGUGGUCCAGCCCUCAGCGUGUAUGUGGGCAGGCGCUCGGCGCCAGGACUAAGGCGCCAGGACUGAGGUGCUCCGCUAGGCUUGCGCCUCCAGGCUGAGGAGCCUGUCCUCGCACAGAGGUGCCUGCUCCCAGACUGAGGCGCCCGCAGACCGAAGCGUUGUGACGCUGGAGAGUGUGCCAGCUGGAAGCAGGAGGCUGUUCCAGGCUCUGCCAAGUGUCAUGCCCGUGAGAUCAGAGCGCGGGCUCGAAAACGGCCCCUGUCGAAGGCGCCCAGAGCCGAAAGCGGCAGAGCAGGAGCGCGCCCGCCUGGGGGUGGACGUGUGCGCCUGGCAGUGGGCGCUGUGUGGCAUGGCAGAGGCUUCGGGGAGCGCUCUCUGCGAACCCAUAGUGAGGAGGAAAAAAAGCAUAUCUAUACAGGAAAAGAUUGACAUCAUAAGUGCUGUGGAGAGUGGCAAGAAAAAGGCAGACAUCGCAGCCAAGUAUGGCAUAAAGAGGAAUUCUUUGUCUUCAAUUAUGAAGAAUAAAGAAAAAGUUUUGGAAGCCUUUGAAUCCUUACGGUUUGAUCCUAAGAGAAAAAGACUAAGGACUGCUUUUUAUACCGACCUGGAGGAGGCAUUAGUGAAGUGGUACAGAAUUGCUCAGUGCUUGAAUGUGCCAGUAAACGGUCCUAUGUUGCGCCUCAAGGCUAACGAUUUUGCCCAGAAGCUUGGACACAGUGAUUUUAAAUGCAGUAAUGGCUGGCUUGAUCGUUUCAAGUCAAGGUAUGGCUUAGUUUUCAGAGCUCAGCCUGUAGAAGCAGCUCCUACCGCUACAGUGGACGCUCCAACUCUUUGGUACCAAAAUGUUCUUCCAUAUUAUAUAAAUGAUUAUCAGCCCAAAAAUGUGUUUUAUAUACAGGAGACUGGGUUGUUGUAUGAGAUGUUACCACGUAAUAAGUUUGCAUUUAAAGGGGAAACCUGUUCUGUAGGUAAUGUAAGCAAAGAGAGAAUAACUGUAGUGACAGGAACCAAUGUGGAUGGCUCUGAGAAGCUUCCUCUGCUUGUUAUAGGAAAAAACAAGAAUUCACACUUCUUUAAAGAUGUGAAGUCACUACCUGUGGACUAUGAAGCAAAUGAUACAGCAUUGAUGUCUUCAGAAGUAUUUGAACAGUGGAUGCAUAAACUCAAUGACAGAUUUCAAGCACAGCAUCGACGUGUAGUUAUUCUUCUUGAUGCUUUCUCUGUGCAGACAGGAGUAAAGAGCCUGAAGUCUGUUGAACUGGUGUUCCCUCCUUCAGAGUCUUCAUGUGUAGCUACAAAACAAAGGGUCAUCAGGAGUCUGAAAGUUAAAUACAGGCACUGUCUUAUCAAGAGAUUCAUUGACUGUGUAGAAGGUAAUAAAGAGUUUACGCUGACCCUUCUUGAUGCAAUUGAGAUGCUGAACCUGUGCUGGAAGACAGUAACACCAGAGCCUAUUGUAACAAGUUUUAAUGAAGCAGGAUUCAAAUUAGAAACCAAAGCAAAUGGUAACGACAGAGAGACUGAAAGUGAUUUUGAUCUGAUUGCGCGUGCACAGGCAGCUGGAGUGGAGUUUCCAGAAGGUUUGUCUUUUGAAGAAUAUGCAGCUUUAGAUGAUGACUUGAUAACUUACAAAAUGCCAGCAAAUAAUGAAACGGUGUGCAUCAAAGAAAGCACAUCUGAUAAAGCUGUGAUAUUUGUGGAUGAUGAAGAUGAGGAUGAAGGUGAUCAAUUUCAAGUUCCUGAACAGCCUUCACCAUCAAAAAAUGAGGCUUUGAGUGCUUUAGAUACUCUUAGAAAGUUUCUCAGAAGUCAAGAUGCAAAUGAUUGUCUUCAUGAUUCCCUGUCUGACCUGGAGAAUUUUAUUCGACUUGUAGCACAUGAGUAGAUAUUUUAGCCAAGUGUGAAAGCAUGUAGCUGGGAAAAAAAGGAUUUAUGUAAGUAAACAAAAAUAGGCAGUUUAAUAAUAAGUGUUGCUGCAAUGUUCUCUAGUGUGUCUUUCUCAAGUGCCUAGAUAUAAAGAAAUUUGAAAUUAAGGGGAAAAAAAGGCUGUGAACUGAAGAUUCCCACAAAAUCAGAAGGAAAGAAGACAGGCUUUGGGGUGGGCACAGGAAGUUAGUUGAAUCCUUAAAAUGAUAACUGUAGUUAAGUACAUGGAAGGCAAAAGCAGUUCCUUGAGUAGUUGAGUGCACUCAUGAAGUGGUUCCCACUUGGAAUUCUUUCUUCAAGAAGACUACUUCCCAUUGAUAAUUUUACUGAUGUCUUUGGUAUUGUUGAGGGUGAACCAAUAAAUAUUUAUCAGCUUGGUGCCU